GCAAUGUUUCGCUGUUUACGUGAUUGUACUUGCGACGUCCUUCUGUUUGUCGUUCAUAGUUUGUUUUUCACGUAAUCUGGUGUUUUGUAAAAUGCCUUCCGGCGCCGUUGGUGUCAAAUUGCUAGUGUAUUCGUGACCUUCCAGCCCGUAUUGUGUUAGAUGUGAUUUGAGUAACAAUCUUGCGAUGGGUGCUAAGGCGAGUACCGCAAACGGAGGGCAGAGUCCGCGAACAAGGACAUUCUCAACCAGCUCCGGCUCCGAUGUAGUUUCGGGUGGUGCGGGUUUUAGUUUGUUACGCGCGAUACCAGGUAUACAAGUAUCUAACGACAGGCAGCGAGCUCGUUCGCUUUCAUCAGUGCCGGAUUUACACACCUCACACGAAGCGAUUGCAAUACCCCCGAACUCACAGAGCUACGAAGCUUCGGCUGCUGCUAGUCCGGACACGGAUUCCAGUUCUAACGAGGAAGUUGGGCCAACGGCUGGUACUUCGCUGGCCCUGGGCCGUGUAUAUGCAGCACACUCUUUACCCUCGCAUAUUUGGUCUCUUAAUGGUAUCAAGUGUCCAGUGUGCAGCAAGUUCGUGCUACCGGACGACAUCGAGUGUCACCUGGUGAUGUGCCUCACCAGGCCGAGGCUCUCCUACAACGAGGAUGUGCUGUCUGAUUCAAAAGGCGAAUGUGUGAUCUGUCUGGAGGAGCUGAGCACGGGCGACACCAUAGCGCGUUUGCCGUGUCUCUGCAUCUAUCACAAAGGAUGUAUAGACCAGUGGUUCGAAGUGAACAGAUCGUGCCCCGAGCACCCCGGCGACUAGUGCCCCGCGAGCGCGGCGACGCGGUCGCGAGCCGGUCCUCGAGUGAUUCGUUGAAGAGACUGCAGCCCGCCUCGGGCCUUGUGUACAUAUAAACUUAUCUUAGUGAGAUGUUUUACCAUUUAAUGAAUUAAACAAAGACAAUUAUUAUAGUAAAUGUAAACGCUACGGGAAAUUACUAGUGGUUUAUUGAAUAUUUGUUAUAGUUUUGGUUAUUGUAUAUUAUUAUGUAUGUAUGUGUAUAGUGGCGGUUUGUUACAAGUAAGUGUAGUAGCGCGCCGCUCGACUCGGUCUCAUACUAUACGUACAUAUCCGUUCACAAGCUUGUGUAUAUUAAUUAUAUUGAUUUGAUCUUUUUCAUCUUGAUAAUAAAGUUAAUUUGUUUCUA